AUGCUCCACAUUAAUUUGAUUAGUAAGUACAAGAACAAUAUAAAUUAUUUUGGUCAUUAAAACUUUGGUAGGAAAAAUAUUUUCCAAGCUGAAAAUGUAAUAGAAGUCUUUAUCUCUGAGGUAGAGGAAAAAGAUGAAGAACAGAAUAAAAGCAGCUUUGAUACAAAUUUGGAGUAAACAAUAAAUGAGUUAGAAUAUAAUUCUCACAAACUUUCAGAUGAUGAAAUCCUACAAUAGUAAUCAAAGUAUCCACAAAUAAUAGCUAUUAAUCAAAGUGAGGAUAAAAUUAACAAACUUCAAGAAUUCAUCUAUACUUUUGAAAAUAUAACCUUAAAAAUUGUAAUGAGUGAGUCUAAUGAAUAGCUUCCCUGCGAUAGCUUGAUAACAUUCAAAUAGUCCGAAGCUUUUGAUAUAAUUGAAUAACUCUAAUUGACAUUUGAAAACGUAGUUCAAGAUUGUCUAUCUCACGGAAACAAAGAAGGAUUUAAAAUAGUAAAGAUCGAUUUACUAAGCUUUUUAGAUAACUGUCCAGAUUGUGGAGUAUAAGACAAGUUAUCUGAAAAUAUGAUUUUUGUAUUAUAGCCCUUAAUGAAUGUCAUUGAUUAGUAUUAAAAGACAAUUAAUUUAAAGUCUAAUGAAAAAAAUAGUUAGGCUGUAAACACCAUAAUUAUACCUUUUAAAAUCGAAAAUGCUAAUUGUUUAUCGAUACUAAAUAACUAUUUAUCAAAUUAACACUUGAAUUACAAUAAUAGUUAGCUUAAUACAAGCUAAACUGGAUAGUAAGAGAUAUUGAAAUAAAUCAUUCAUGAUAUUAAAUAAAUUUCAAUCAACCCAAUUGAUGAGUAGUAACUAAAGGCAUAAUUUAAUUCAUAUCAAGAGAAGAAAUAACCUAAAGAAAAAUUUGAUUACAAUAAGAUUGAUCUUACCUUAAAUCCUCCAACUGAAAAUGAUUAUUCGCAAGACAUAGCUGAACAACAAUAGAUCAAAUGUGAAAUUUGCAAAAUCUAAAUUUACUUUGAAGAGUACGACGAUCAUAUUUUUUGCCAUGUAUUAGAGGAAGAAGAAAAGGGUCAAUUUUUAGUUGAAACUGAAACUGGAGAGCAAGCCUAAAAUUCUAAGUUUACUUAAAUUAGUAAAUUUAGUAAUCGCUAAUAUUAAGAUGAAGAAGAAAAAUUACCCAGUAAUUAAGAUCAAAUUUCAAAUCUAGUAGAUAUAGAAAAUUAAUAGAAUUUUUUUCAGAAAUUGAUAUCUAAGGGAAAAAACAUAUCAGUCCAGGCUUUUUCAUUUUUAUAAAAUAAUGCAGUAAAAUACCUUUCGCCACUAAUUGGUUUAAUAUACAAGAAAUUUAAAGAAAACCCAGAAUAAAUAGUUAUUGAAAUUUUUAACUCCAUAGCCAAUUCUCCUCCUGUUUAGAAGUAUUUGAAUGAUAUUUGUAACCCUCAAACUAAUUCAACAGGUGAUAAUUAAAAUAAGCCCAAUAGAUAUUUAAAUCCUACAAUAAUAAAAAGCUUGGUAAAUGUGAAAUAAGUUGAUAAAAAUACCUCAUUGUGGUUCUAAAGUGGAGUCUAUAUCUAUUAAGUUGCUAAAGUUCUCAUUAAAAGCUUAAAAGAUAUUAAGCCUAGUAUGCCUUAAAAUCAUAUCAAUCAACUUAUGGAAUGUGAAAAAAAACCAGUCCAAUUAGAAGAGAAAAAAGUUGGGGAAAUCAACAAAAAUUUCUUGUCCUGUUCUCUGUGUGAGAAAAAACUUGAAAGUUUGUAAGGAACCGUCGAACUUAAAUGUCGACAUAUUUAUCAUGACUAUUGCAUUUCUGCUCAUUAAAAGAGAUCCAAAGAUUGCAUUCAAUGUGGGCAAGCAGUUUGA